GCCGGUGUGGUACGUAAGCCACUUGGUAGCACCUAACCCUCGCUCAGUCACGACCCCAGUGCGAUUGGUGUGGAAUAGUAGCCAAAAAUUCAAAGGCGUGAGCAUGAAUGACCUUCUUUUAAAGGGGCCAGAUGUUUUAAACCCAAUUAGAGCUGUCCUGCUAAGGUUCAGAAGAGGUGUGUAUGCAGCCCUUGGUGACAUCAAAAAGAUGUAUAAUUCAGUGUGGCUGGAGGAACGUGAAAUGCAUCUACACCGAUUUCUCUGGAGGGACAAGCCAGAGGAAGAUAUAAAAGAAUAUGCCAUCACACGGGUAAACAUAGGAGACAGACCAGCUGGGUGCAUAGCACAGCUCGCUAUGCGUGAGACAGCAAGACUAUCCAUCUUUGCUCACCUGAAGGAGGAGUGCAGGAUUCUGGAAGAGGAUAGCUAUGUGGAUGACAUCCUAACAUCCCACAACAGUCUGGAGGAACUGAUCGAAAUCACACAAGGAGUGGAGGACAUCUUGAAGGCAGGAGGCUUCUUUCUCAAACCUUGGGUGUGGUCAGGCCAAAGUGGGAGGCAGGUUGCUGCAGGGGGAAUCCCACAAGAGCUGGAGGCAGCAGCACAAAAAGCAGCAACAAUCAUCCUUCCAAACCAGAUGAGGGCUGAAGACAACAAGGCCCUGGGUGUUGGGUAUCAGGCGGAGGAGGACAUGCUUUACAUGAUGACAUCAAUCAACUUUUCCAAGAGGAAAAGAAAGGUUAGACUGGGUGAGCAUCUUAACAAGGAGAAUGUGAGACUGGAAACACCUGAUCCACUGAGCAGGAGAGAGCUGCUUAGUCAGGUAGCUGGGCUUUAUGACCCAAUUGGGCUAGUCACACCAGUAAAACAGAAGGGAGCAAUCCUUGUAAGGAAGGCCUUCCAAGAGGCUGGAGGUGGAAAGAUGACUCGAGAGACCUGGGAUAAACCGCUUUCAGAAGGUCUAAGAGAAGAAGCCAUUAAGAUAUUUGAAGAAUAUGUAGAGCUUGGGCGUAUUAAAUUCCACAGAAGCAUCACACCAGCUGACUGGAGAGGGAAACCGUGGGGAAUAACCUUCUCAGAUGGGAGUGAUAAAACCUAUGGAGCAGUGAUGUACCUGAGGUGGGAUACAGAGAGAGGAGUUGACGUCCGUUUUGUGGAAGCAAAGGCCAAGCUGACCCCGCUGGAUCAAAAGGGAGAAGCGGCAAAGGCCGAGAUCUGUGGAGCCGUUUUUGCAGCCAGGCUCAGGAAGUAUUUUAAGAGACAUGGGGAACUGAACAUUGCCGAUAUAAUGACUAGAGGAAGCACAGCAAGAGAUCUGAAGGAAGGAUCUGUGUGGCAAAACGGGCCAGAGUUUUUGAAGUGGCCAGUGGAGGAGUGGCCUAAGAAGUCAGCUGGAGAAGUUGCUGCCCAUGCCAAGGAAAGUGUAAACAAGUUCCAAAGUAUCCAGCAAGAAGUCAGCAGGUUCUGGAGAAAGUGGUGUGAGCUGGCUGGUCCCAACCUGUUCAUCAAAAGCAAAUGGCACACAAAGCGGCGGAAUGUCACAGUGGGAGAUGUUGUGUGGCUGGCGGAUCAAAACGCUUUAAGAGGCCGAUACAAGCUUGGCAGAGUUGUCAGUGUAAAUCCUGACCAAAGAGGAGUCGUGAGGGAUGUGAAUGUGAGGACUUUUCCAAGCUACCCUGUUCCAAUGAGUAAAGGAGGGACACUGCACAAGCAAAGGAAAAACACAGAUAAACUCUCAUCCAGAAUCCCCUCCACCAUCGUUCACAGGGAUGUCAGACGCCUGGUGGUUCUGCUUCCUAUUGAGGAGCAACAUUAAGAGACAAUAGUGUGACCUCCUUGGGUUCAUUAACCAGGAGCUCAAGUGGGAGGUGUUGGGUUAUAUGCUUUAUGCUGUUUAUUUUUCAUGUUUUUCUUUUAUUAUUUUUCACUCUGGGAUGUGAUGAUGUCUACUUUGUGCAUGGAGUGUGUCAGAGGGCAGUAGAGAGCCUAAGUGUUCACAUGGUGUUCAGAGAGAGAGUAGAGAGCAAGAAGCUCUAGGUUGAUUAGCCUUGGUUGAGCACCUGAUGGGCCUUUUGUUUGUUUGCCCUGGGUGUGGUUGAGUCAGUGGAGCACAGAGACGCUACUGGUUAUCAACCUGCUUAUGAUUCAACAGAAAAUGACAAAAGUCAAAUAAAAGAAGUGACUAAGUUGAUCUGAGUUGUUUCCUGCGUCCUCUGUGCCAAGCCUGGUCGAGUUCAGGCAGACAAACCCCAAAAUAACUCGACAC